AUGCCGCUGUUUCCAAUUAUUCUUUGUGAGAUUUUCGAUGUGUGGGGAAUGUACUUCAUGGGUCCCUUUCUAUCGUCAUAUGGGAACCCCUACAUAUUGGUUGUGGUGGACUAUGUUUCCGAAUGGAUAGAGGCCAAGGCAACAAGUUCUUGCGAAUCGAAGGAAGUAGCGAGGUUUCUGAAGGCCAAUAUAUUCAACCGGACGAUAGAAGCUUUGAUGAGGAAAUAUGGUGUUCACCAUCGUUUAUCCACUCCUUACCACCCCCAGGCAAAUGGUCAGGCAAAAAUCUCGAACAGAGAAAUCAGAGCAAUUUUGGAGAAGACAAUGAAUCCAUCGAAGAAGGAUUGGAGUAAAAGACUUGACGAUGCUUUAUGGGCAUACCGAACUGUGUUCAAAACUCCCAUUGGAAUGUUGCCUUACAGGCUCGUAUUAAGCAAAAUGUGCCACCUCCCUGUCGAGGUUGAGCACAAAGCUUAUUGGGCAAUCAAAGAGAUAAACAUGAAGCCCCAGGCCUGUGAGGUGGAGAGAACGCUUCAACUGCAAGAGCUGGAGGAAUUAAGGCUUGAGUCGUAUGAUGCCGCUAUGUGGUACAAGGAGAAAACAAUAUUGUGGCACGACAACAACCUUCGGGUCAAGGAACUGCUAGUUGGUCAGAAAGUGCUCCUAUUCCAAUCAAGGCUUAAACUGAUGCCUCGGAAACUAAAAUCCAAGUGGAUUGGACCCUACACUGGCCUUCGAGUGAAUGGAGCCGUGCAAAUUCAGGGAGUCGCUCCUAACUCUAUUCCUUUUCUUGUUAAUGGUCAUAGUGUCAUGGUAUUUAGGGAUAGUUCAGAGAUGUGCGUGGUGGAAGAAAAUUUCGCUACGUAUACUCUCUACUAUUGCCUAACUGGUCAGGCUGCUGGGUAA